UGAUGGACUGAAGCUUGAAACUGAAGUGCUGGAUGGAAAGCCUAGACUAAUUUUAGCUGCUUCUGAUAAAUCAAAGCCUGCAGUGAAGGUGGGUAACAAAGCCAGAGCAUCUAAACAGGCAUUGAGAAUGAGGCACACUGCACAUGUACUGAGGUCAACACAAAAUGCUUGUAUCAAGCAGGAAAACUUAACAAAACCAAGGAGUGAAUCAAGCUUAUCAAUGACAAAAGGUGAAAAACUGCCAGUUACUAAACACUCCUCACAUGAAGCUGCAACUAAAGAUCACUCUUUGAUUUUCCAAAGAGGUAUCACAAACAGAUAUCCUGAUUCAGAGAAUCCUAAUAUUCUUAAAAAAGGCAAACAGAAACCUCAAAACCCAUGUGUAUCAACUGAAGACCUAAGAAGUUUGGUGUGUUUAACACAAGAACAGCUUCAGCAGAUUUUGAUGACUGUAAAAGAAGGAACUGGAAGCAUCUCUGAGAGUAAUAAUGAGAAGCAAGAGGAAAUGGCUACUAAUGAGGCAUCAGAGGAAAACAUUGUGACAUUGCUCCAAAAAGCUUGUGAGGUUUCAUCUGUUCCAGAUGAAGCCAACUCCGAUUCAAGCAGGAAAAAAGAGGCAGAUCCACAACCAGGACAGAAAGUUAUAAAGGCUUCGUGGAAACCUUCUGACAUGUUUACUACCUUGGGUGAAAGAGAAAGGGAGAAAGCCUUGUUAGAAUUUAGGAAGACCCAAUGGAAGAAGGAAUUAGAUGAACAGGUGGCACUGAAGAAGAAACUGAAAGAAGGCUUGGAAGAAGUGGGUAAUUUCUGGGCAAAACCUGACAAUAAUAAAAUCCAUAAAGAGAAAGUGGAACCAGCUGACCCAGAUAAGGAAGCUGUGCCACAGGAACGACCUUGUAGUGCUUUGAAGCAUGAGCAACAGAAGAAGUGGCUUGAAGAGCUGGACAAACAGAAGGAAGAAGCUAAGCUACGAAAAAUAGAAGAAAAACUUGAUUUAUCACAGGCUGAAGACCAUGACAGAUGGGCAGUGCAUUUUGAUUCUUUAAAGAACCACCUUAAUGCUAAUGCACAACACCCCUUAAAUGGAAUGUACAAAAAGCAGCCUGAAAAUCUUUGCCUGUCACCUGAUCCUAAGGAGCUGACUGCUGUCAUUCACCCUUUUUCACCUGCAGCUUCAGACAAUCUCAUACUCUUAAAAGUGGGAAAUGCAGAAAAGGCUGCUAAAAGCAGUGCCUUGGAACACAGUCAGAAAGCCAGUUUCCUCCGUUCAAUGACAGCUCUCCUGGACCCUGCACAGAUUGAAGAGAGAGACAGGCGGCGGCAGAAACAGUUAGAACAUCAGAAAGCAAUAAUGGCUCAGGUAGAAGAAAACCGAAAGAAGAAACAACUGGAGGAAGAGCAGAGAAAAUGGGAAGAACAAGAGGAAGAACAGCGUUUAGCACGAGAAAAAGAACAAAUGCAGAAACAGUUUGAAGAAGAUAUGCUGAAACAAAAACAAAAGGAGGAACUCGUGACUCUUAAAACAAAUGAGCUGUAUCAGAAAAUGCAGAAAGCUCAAGAAUUAGCACAGAGAUUAAAACAAGAGCAGCGCAUUCAAGACUUGGCUCAGAAGGGACAUGACAUUUCAAAACUUCAGAAGAAUCUUAGUGCUGGUGGUACUGAAUUUGAAAAUUGUAAUCCUGGCAUUUCACAUCAAAGUCAUCAUUUUUCUGAUGACAUUAAGAGUCACAUUGAUCAGCAGGCUUCUCCUCGGAAAGACACUGCUGUACAGACAGAUUAUUUUAAUACUUCAGCAUUCACUGAGUCAGCUGAGGAGAGAACUGUGUGUUGUGGAUCGCCUGAUAUUUCCAUAGAAUAUAAAGAAACCUUUAACAGCAAAAAAUACCAGAAGGAAAUGCAGUGUACAGAUAAAAAUAAAAUUUCAGGAAGAGAGACUGGAGGCAUUUACAGUGAUCUGUAUGAACAAUAUGCAAGAAAAGAAAGACAAAUUAAACCUUUGGAAAAACACAACAGAAGACCUGACUGGAACAUAAACAAGCCUGGGAAAAGAUACAUUCCAGCAUCAGAAAGAUACCCUAUACAGCUACAAAAACAAAGGGAAGAAAAUAAAGUAAGACGACAAAUGGAGCUGCUUCAGUUGGUGGAAAGAAACAACCCAUGGAAUCUCUGCCCAAAAAAGGGUUGUUAUUCAGACAGGUCUCCUUCACCUCAUGGAGAAAUAAAUACAAAGACUAAGGGACACAGAGGCAGAAAGGAAGAACAAUUACAUAAGAAUCAUGUGAAUGAAGAAAGGUCUGAAUCACCACCUGCUGCAGGAGUUAAGAACAGAUUACACCAAGUGCAACAAAACCAGACACAUGUUUCUAAUUUCUUGGUGAAUAACAACAGCAGUAGAAGAGAGAAAAAUACCAAGCCAGAUCCCCAGCAGAGGAGCUCCCCUCCUCCCAUUACAGAAGCUGGAAGACCUCCCUCUUCACAGUUUAUCCCAUAUGUUCGAACAAAUGAAGUAUAUUAUCUUGAUCCAGAUGCUCCAGUGACUAGACCUUCAACACAUGACCCACAGUAUCGACAGCUCAAUGAUUCUUGCCAAACACCACGGCAGAUUUUUAGCUCUGAUCAUGUUAGAGAUCCUCUUCUAAAUCCUGAUGCAGUCAGAGAGAGACAACAAGCAAUUCUCAAAGGAUUGUCAGAAUUACGCCAGGGCCUCCUGCAGAAGCAGAAGGAGUUGGAGACUGCUCUGAUGCCCGCUAUGGCUCAGGAAGAGAACUUUAUUUCGCCAUUUUGA